AUGCCUGUGAAGGCUAGUGCUGCUACUACCUCACAAUUCAUCACACGAAGAAAGGAUGAUGUUGGAAGAGAAUUAAUGUCCCAGCCAAGUUGUUUUGACAGAGUAAAAAUGGGCUUUAUGAUGGGCUUUGCUGUUGGCAUGGCAGCAGGUGCACUAUUUGGCACAUUUUCUUGUGUCAGGAUUGGCAUGAGAGGACGAGAACUGAUGGGUGGCAUUGGCAAAACCAUGAUGCAGAGUGGUGGAACGUUUGGGACAUUUAUGGCUAUUGGCAUGGGAAUCCGCUGUUAACUUGAAUUUCUUUUAUUCUUUUUUACCAUGAAGACUAAUGCCCCUGUUAGUCCACAUCCUGUUAUGUAAAAUAAUAAAACUUUGUACCAGGAAUAAAAAAAAA